AUGUCACUUUAUUACAUUUUCACGCAUUCUUUUAAUUUACCCGAAGAAUACGAAUGUUCGGAAAAAUUUUCAUUUUCCAAUGUGAGACACCCUUUUCUGGCAGCUUAUUACCUUGCAAGUGGCGUAAUUUUUCUUAUUACAUAUUUUCUAUGUUUUCUCGCACUUUUGAAACUCAACCUCAAAGUUCCUGUCAACCAACUUAUGCUGAUGCUUUCUAUUUUUGAUAUCCUUGCAGUAAGCAUGAACUCAGUGGCAGCUGGCAUAUUCGGUAUACUUGGAAUAUCGUUUUGUCACUAUCCCCUCCCAAUAUUUGCCUAUGGAGCUAUUGGUGAAGCUUCGUGGUUAGGUGGAAGCGUUUGCUCAAUCCUGCUAGCAAUCGAAAGAUGUGUAGAAAUAAAUCCACACUUUCCGUUAGAAAUGUUAUUCCGCAAGUGGAUUGCUAAAUUUCCAGCCAGAGCUCUACGAAUGCCAGCCAGAUACAAUAAAUAACAUAGUACUUGUUUUGUGUACGUCUACAUUAUAUUGUUAUAUAUCUUACCACUUAUUAUUCAAUUUCGGGUAUUCUACUUCAUCAUGGCUAUAUAAAUCCAAACGACAGGUUUUUCUAAUUGUCGAAAAUAUUUUUAAAUCCAAAAAAAAACUUCAAAAGAUCAUCUUCCAAGCGGCUAUGCUUUGUAUUUUCCACGCGAUUGUCGCCGGGUUCUACGAUUUUAUGAGCUUCUUCUACGUCUCUCCCGCGCUAAUAAUUAUUAGUCAAAUUCUGUGGGGAUGGAGCAGUGACAGCAUGUGCAUUAUCUACCUGUUAUUCAAUAGAACAAUUCGGAAUUCUGUUAUAAAAAUUAUUAUUCCAAAGACCAUUCGAAUACGGUACAGGUUGCAUGUUGGAUUUGAAGAAACUAAAGAUCAUCUUCCAAGCGGCUAUGUUUUGUAUGUUGGAUUUGAAGAGAACCUUGCACAAACUGAGGCAGCGAAAAAUUGUGGAUCAGGAUUGGUGAAUGCCGUUGGUUCGAGGGUUAAACUUAACAAUUUUGUUACUUUAGAUAAUUGA